CAAUCUAAUAUGGCUGCGCCCAUUUGAGAAAAAAAAGGCAUUUGACAUUCACAAAAUUCACUAACAUACUUGAUAGAUGUAACUUAAAAACAAAUUUAUUUCAGUUAAAAUCAAAUAAAACAUUGCUUGAGAUCAAGGAGCAGCGAUGCCAGUUAAAAAUUACUUCCCUGUUUUCCAUAAAUUGAAAUCUGGAGCAUACUCGUAUGUUUGGACAGAUAAAUGUGAAAAACUUUUACCAGCUCAUUACAAACAAAGAUGUCUAGAUUACAUGACAAAAGACCCAAAACCAGUUCAUUGGAGACCUGACACUACGAAAUAUAAAGUUGAUGAGUAUGGCACAAGGCUCCCUAUCCAGAAUCACCCGAUCCAUGUGAGAUAUCCAGUACAGUGUAACUAUGGGUUGUGGGGCGGUGAAGGAGUAGUAGAGUACUGGGCCAAAGUUAUCAAAAGUAGAAAAUAUAUACAUGUGCAUUCUCCAUUGAUUGCAAAAUACAGUGUACCGUUUCUGGUAGAUCGGGUAUUGUACAGUGAAAUACUGGACAAAUGGUUCAAAAUUCCAUGUACAAACAGAGCCAUGGACUUGAUAGAUGAUUCCUUUGGUUUAGAUUAUUAUAUUCUGCAGACCCAUGAACGUGAUCUCAAUUCUAAACUGGCAAUGGAUCUGAAGCGGGAGAUGUUACUUCAACUUUGUAAGGAUGAAGAAGAUACGAAACUGCCUGAAAAAAGGAAGACAGUUCUUCAGAGAUAUAGCCAGUUUAUCAUACCUAAGUCAGAAGCAGAAUGGGUGGGAUUAUCAAUUAAAGAAGCACUUGACAAAGCUGAACAAUCUCAAAAAAGGAAACCAAUUCCAUUGAAAAAACUCAUUGCCGUACAAUACCUGAAAGAGUUAAAAGAGUACAAGGAGUCAGAGGAUAAUAACGAAGGUGAAGAGGAGGAGCUAGAUAACAUUUCCGAUGGAAAUGCCAGUAAGCCAGAAUCAAAGCCAGAAUCAAAGGGCUGGCUCUCCUUCCUUAAUUGGGGAAAAUCUCAGAAACAGCAACAUGUUGAUAAACAAUAGAACUACCUCAAUGUGUUUCUUGUAAGAAGUACUGCAAAAGAAAAAUCAAAAAACAGAUCAACCAAGACUAACAAAGAUGCCAUCUAUUGCAUUCUGUUACACAUUUUAGCAGAGACAUAGAUAACCAGUUAUCUAUGUCAAUGAUUUUAGUCAUGCUUGUUAUAUUGGAAGAGGAGUAAAAAUCUAAUGCCCUCUUGAUGGAGAUGUGUACUGUUUGACAAUUUCUUUAGAAAUUUUUGGAAAAAUACUUUUAAUAGGACAAC